CUCGCCUUACCCCCCACGCCGCCGCCUCUCCAGCAGCCAAACUCACGGGCGACCCUCGGUUUCGCGCGUUCGGGGCAGCGUGUGCAAAAAGUCAGCUGACGGCGCCCGCCCGUGGCUCGAGCCCCGCGCCCGGCUCGCCGCCGCGGGGUCCGUCAGUCGUCGACCCUGCCUGGGAACCGCGAGCGAACUCCGCUCGACCCUCCGCUUGUGCGCCCGCUACCUCCUCGGCCAGACGAGGGCCGCCCUCUCCCGAGAAACACGGAGAGCUGCUCGCGGGACGGACCAGUGCCGCAGCCGAAGGUACACGUCGAAGAACGACGCCGCAGCGGAGUCGUCUUACAAACGUUGCAUCCUAGUUUCGCCACGACGCCUCCCGCCUCGUCUCACCUGUAGCGCCUCGGAGGUCUGGCUCAGCGGAGCCCACGCAUGCGGUGCUUGUCUGCCGCUAUGCUGGCAGACGGCUCAGCGCACCACUGCGCACGAAGGCGUUCCCCCGAAGAGCGGACCGAGAUCUUUCGCUAACCCUCACAGGGUGACUUCGCCACGGCCGAGUCGUUUUGUGGUUACCCAUCGCACGUCGUUGUGCGAAUGUGUCACUCGCCAAAUCGUUUCCGUAAGGUGGACGUCGAGUCGAGGAAUUGUUGUCAACAAGCAGUGUGAUUUCCAUGGGAAGCGUCGUUUCAUUGACAAUCCCUUUAUUCGACUCGCAGGGAAAUCUUCAUCCAGUGUUGUCAGAUCACGAAGUACAAGCCAAAACCCAGUGUUUGCAAAGUUAAGCCCCUUGGCUAUUGGAUCAUCCUGAAACGAGCUCCUCACUGCGCAGCACAACAAAGUCACUUGCGGGUUACAUUUGACGCGGAAAAAAGCGCGCACGUCUUGAUCGCCUUAAACUCCACGUGGCCUCCUGUCACAUCCAGGACGUUGUAGGAGCUGUGUGCCCGUCCUCGUCCAAGAAACCGGUGUUCUUCUGGGUCGAUCAAGUUGCUCGAGCAAAGAAAGUGAUUCCACGGAGCGCGUCGACGCCAUCUGGCCAAGUGCGUUCGUUAUCCGGCCUCGUGGCUACUCCGUGUGUGGCUACUCCGUGGGUGCGGCGCCGCCAGUGCCCAGCCCUGCCCGUGCGGCCGUCGGAGGCGCCCUGGCGCUCCAGGCAUGCCCAGUGCCUGAGCCCGGGCCAACAGCAGGAUUUGCCCGCCGCAUCACAGACGCAGGACAGAAUGAAGCUGUACAGUUAUAAUGGCGGCGGCACUGCGUCGUGCGACGAAGAGGAGGACGACAACAACAACCUGUCCAGCUACAGGAUCACUAUGACCAGCGAAGACCUCCUUCAGCCGGGACAUGUCGUCAAAGAGCGGUGGAAAGUGGUGAAGAAGAUCGGUGGCGGUGGUUUCGGUGAGAUCUACGAGGGCCUGGACUUGGUGUCGAAAGAACUGGUGGCACUCAAGCUCGAAUCCGCAAAGCAAGCCAAGCAGGUCCUCAAGAUGGAGGUUGCAGUGCUCAAGAAGUUACAAGGUCGCGAGCACGUGUGCCGCUUCAUCGGGUGCGGCCGCAACGACCGCUUCAACUACGUGGUCAUGCAGCUGCAGGGCAAAAACCUGGCCGAGCUGCGCCGGUCGCAGCCACGGGGCGCAUUCUCGCUCAGCACCACGCUGCGGCUGGGACUGCAGAUACUGCGAGCCAUACAGAGCAUCCACGAAGUCGGUUUCCUGCACCGAGACGUCAAGCCGUCCAACUUCGCCAUGGGGCGGACGCACCACUCGUCGCGCAAGGUGUACAUGCUGGACUUCGGCCUGGCGCGCCAGUAUGUCACCACCACGGGUGAAGUGCGGCCACCACGAGCGGCGGCCGGAUUCCGAGGAACUGUGCGCUACGCUUCCGUGAACGCGCACAAGAACAAGGAAAUGGGGAGGCACGACGACCUGUGGUCCCUCUUCUACAUGCUGGUGGAGUUUGUCAACGGCCAGCUACCCUGGCGGAAGAUCAAGGACAAGGAGCAGGUCGGCCUGAUGAAGGAGAAGUACGACCACCGGCUCCUGCUGAAGCACCUGCCGUCGGACUUCCGCCAGUUCCUGGAGCACAUCUCGUCGCUGGACUACUACGACCGGCCGGACUACCCCGUGCUGGCGGGCCUGUUCGAGCACUGCAUGAAGCGCCGCGGAGUGCGCGACUCCGACCCGUACGACUGGGAGAAGCCGUGCGCGCCGCUCGGCGCCACGGACAACGCCGCGGCGCCGCCGCUCGGAGCCACCAUCACCACCGCGCCGCUCAUCUCCAAGGGGGCUCAGCAAGGGAGUGCCCUGCUUCCCGGUGGCACGGAGCACCUGCUGGACGACAACAUCAUGGCCAGUUACGACGAACGAGGCGACAACAUGGCCCCGGAGCCGCUGUACGACGGUGCCAUAUCUCCGGCGCUGCUGUCCAAGGAGCCGCGUCCCGCUUCGACGACACUGCGAAGUCACCAGGGGCCGCACAUCCUCCCCCAGUGGGAGGCGGCCAAGAGGGAGGUCGACAGCGUCAACCAAAUGCCUCGGGAAGUGCCCGCACACCAGAUGGCGCUCACAGAGAACAACAAUAGGAACAACAACAACCCGUCCCGGGAGUGUCAGCACUUGGCGCCGGCCGCUAACAACGAGAAGCUGGCCAAAGACAAGAAGGCAGAUUUGUCCUCGGGCGCCGAGAACGGCCACGGCAACGGCCUAGACGAAAGACCUCAACCAGCGCCGCGCAUCAUAGUAGACGCCGGCACCGCCUCGGCGCGGGACAGCCCGUCGCGCGAAGAACGUUCCCCCAAGAGGCCGCAGCUGCCUCGUCUGCACAUCGGGCCGGCCGCAAUAUUUCCGGAGAGGGUAGCGACCGCGGGUCUCGAAGAAGCCACGGCGCAGCCAGACACUGCCGACUUGUCUAAAGGACCUUCGCCCCUCGACGAAGUGCUGCAGAUGGCGGCUGCGGCGUCCGCCGGAGGAGACGUUGUCGUCGGCUCGAAGCAACAGACACCUCAGCCGGUGAGCACGCCUCCGACGGACCCGAAAGCCGCCAACCUGGAACAGCGUCAGCAGCACCGGAGGCUGCACCGAAGGCCGUACAUCCGCGAUGUCUCGCUGACGCAGUUCGCGGUGGCAGACGACGACAACAUAUCCGCGAUGCAGCAGGUCACCAAGGGAGCCGCGGCGGCCAUGACGCUCGCCUCCAAGUGGCAGGCGUCGUUCGACGACAGCGAGGAGACGGACCACGACGAGAUGGACGAGAACGCGCCCCUGGCCUCACCCGACCACCGAGUGAUCAAGAGGGACCCGUCCAGUUACGCCCUGGACAAGAUGGCGGGGAGACCUGCCGGCAAGGCUGCCCACGCGAACGGCGACGACGAGAGGAGAAAGAGGCUCGAAGAAGGGCGCAUGGUGAUACAGGAGGAAGUGGACGCCAAGAUGCCCGUGCGUCGCACCGUCUCCCAGCCGGCCGACUACCACAUCACUCUGGCGGGCUUUCCCCUCCAGGGUCCCGUGCCUCUGGGGUUGCCGCGCGUCUGGAGCUGCCCGUCGAUGGGCCAGCACAUCCGGUCUCACCUGCAGCCGCCGCUGAGACAGCAGGCUUCGUUCGACGACAACGUCUACGAGGUGGACGUGGCUCGGAACGUGGCCGCCAGGUGCAGCGAGGAGACCGAGGAGCGCAGAGCGUCUCUGCCCUCCAUCCACCUGCGGACGCCCGAAGAAGAGACGACGCCCAAGAAGGAAACCGUGGACGUGAGGAACAGGGAGGAAUCGGUCACCGAGAGUCGGUCCGUGCAGCGGUCGGCGAGCGCCACCGGCGUGCCCGCGCCCAAGGGAAUCCUCAAGAAGCCCAGCAUGGAGAGAUCGCCCUCGCUGGGAAGUCGCCGGGACGACUUCUCGACGCCCGGGGGAGGGCAGCCUCAGACGCCGGCGGACCAAGCGUCGCGCACCUGGGGAAACCACGUGCUGACGCGAAUGCACUCGGACGAACCUUCCAUCUACUUCGACGCUCCGGCGGCGCCGCCGGCACCGACGUCGCGCGAAGACCGAUGGUCUCUGGGCAACAUCGAGGAGACCAACCUGUGGCGGGCGUACGCGUGCAGGCGGUCGGGCACGGACGCCGACGACGAGAACUCGAAGGACGAGUACGAGACGCCGCCUCGAGACGACCAGCAGCACGUGUCGGUGAUUAGCCUGUGCGAGCUGCCCGAGGCUUUCCGGCUCAUGGGGCUGCACGACGCGCCUCCCGCGUACCCGAGGCGAGAGUCCACGCCCGACGAGCGGCUGCAUAGGCCGGCUUCGGUGGGCAGCGGCGACGAGAUUCCCUCGCGCAUUCCGGUGGCUAGGCGGAGCAUACUGGCGCGGCGCCGGCCAAAGUCCAUGAUCGAGCAGGGCUCCCUGGAUGCCUCGCACGAGGUGCAACGGAGCAACUCGGCUGGCCUGGUGGUCAACGGCCGCGCCAGGCACCCCGGCGAGCGGUGGGGUGGAAUCCUGCACGUGCCCGUGGUCGUCCAGGUGAAGCCCACCAUCGGCGUGGACGACGGCGACGACAGCGGCCGCAGUGGCUGCACGGCCGAGUCUCGCAUCCCGCGGCCCCGCGUGAGGCAGCGCACCCCCGAGAGGCUCGGGCCGCGCCUCUCGGUGGCGCCCCUCAGCCACUCGGCGUCGGCGCCCAUGGUGCCCGAAGGACACUGGAGGCCACACGAGGAGCCGCCGCAGCCGCCGCCCGGGAACCCGCCGCCCAACCACUGCGUGCCGGCCAGGAGGCGCCGGUACCGGCCGCUGUCACCGAGCGACCUACAGAUGACCGGCAGUGAGUCGUCGCGCGGCAACUCCCCGGACUGACGUCAUCAGCCAGUGCGUGCCUGCUGUUGCGUGUGUGCGUGCGCCGCCUUCCGGUGGGACCGCCUCGGUCGUCGCCGCAGUCGUCGCCUUGUGGCGCGUUGAGUGCGAACCCUGGUGGCAGCCGACUGUGUUUCCCCGUUUGCGCCACGACCCCGAAGAAACCAUUUCGGGUUCACUACUUCUCUAGUCAGCCGUGAACGUGGACGCAUCGCGUGCCGUGCGUCGGCCCGAACGAAAGCCUCGUGCCAGGGGAAACGUCGCGAAUGGGGCAACGACGCGGGACUGCGGACGACCAUCGAUGACAGCAGCCCGUCACUCUGCCGGUUGGCCGUGCUUCUGUCGCCGACGUACCACAAAGUUGCUUCAUCUCGAGACACGUGCCCGCCGUCUAGGAAAUUUUAGGUUUUCUUCGGAAUACAUGCCAAACCAAAGCA